AUGGAGAGGCCUCGUCUUGACCGCGUGUGUCUUGUCACGGUCGGCGCGACCACGGGGUUUGGAAAACUCGUUGAAUCAGUACUUCAGCCAAGUUUCUGGCAAUACAUGCAUUCACAGAGUUUUACUCAACUGCGCGUACAAUGCGGCCCUGAUCUUGCCCGGGCGAGGAAACAACUUGCCGAUCGCAAAGAUGACAUUCCAUCGGCCCUAUGUAUCGACCUAUUUGCAUCCAGAAAAAAUCUCAUGAAGGAGGAAAUGUCUCUAUGCAAGGACGCUGAUGGCAAGAGACAACUUGGCCUUGUGAUAUCCCACGCUGGUACGGGAACAAUCCUGGAUGCGUGGAAGAUGGGGUUGCCUCUUAUCGUUGUACCAAAUAUACAUCUUUUGAACGAUCACCAGACUGAGAUGGCUAAACAUCUCUCCAAGGAGGGUGCCGAAGAUCUUGAAGAAGCUAUCCAUAAGGUGGGACUUCUCUGGGAGGAGAACAAGACUCGUUGGCCUCCACACGUUAUUCCCUCCCAACAACCCAAGAGGCUUCGCUUGUGGGAUCUCGCCCCUGAAGACGUCGCCAAAGAACAGAAGGCCACGAUGGUGCAUGAUUAG